AUAGGGGGCGGUACAGAGAACCAGGAAGUUCUCCUGAAAUUCCCAUGUUUAUUUAUUAGACUUGUAAUAAUUAGGGUCAUUCUGACCACAAUGGCUGAAUGCAAGAAAGAACACGGGGAAUGUGGGAACGGCUGUUUCGUGGAUUCAGUGAUUCAUGUGGAUGUCAAGGACUACUAUGGGAAGACCCUGAAGACAAGGUCUGACCUGAAGAGUAAUGCCUGCUUAGCCCCGGCUCAGCCCAUCCCAGCCUUCGUCCUCAAGGCUCUGAAGAAGAUCCACCCUGAAGUCACAUCCAAGUACUAUGGGUGUGGUCUGGUGGUCCCAGAGUGUCUGGAGGGCUGCAAGCUGCUGGACCUGGGCAGUGGCAGUGGGAGAGACUGCUACAUGCUCAGCCAACUGGUCGGGGAGAAGGGCCACGUCACAGGCAUCGACAUGACUGAGGACCAGCUUGAGGUCGCCAGAAAGUACGUGGAUCACCACACGCAGGAGUUUGGAUACGAGAAGCCCAACGUGGACUUUGUUCAGGGAUACAUCGAAGCUCUAAAGGAGGCUGGACUCCAGGAGAACUCCUUCGAUAUCAUCAUAUCCAACUGUGUGGUGAAUUUGUCCCCAGACAAGAGAAAAGUAUUGAGUGAUGCUUACCGCGUGCUGAAGGAUGGAGGAGAGCUGUACUUCAGUGAUGUCUAUAGUAGCCGUAAGCUCUCCGAUGAGAUCAAGAAUCACAAAGUCCUGUGGGGGGAGUGUUUAGGCGGAGCGCUUUGGUGGGGGGACCUAGUGCGAUUGGCUCAGGAGGUGGGAUUCAGCCCCCCGCGAUUGGUCACAGCCAAUGUCAUCACCGUGGACAACAUGGAACUGGAGGCCAUUCUAGGCGACUACCAGUUUGUCUCUGCCACCUACCGUCUCUUCAAGGUCCCCAAAAUCUCUAACAAAGCCUCUCUGGUCAUAUACAAUGGCAACAUCACUGGUUUUGGGGAGAGUCUGGAGUUUGACGCUCAGUACACAUUCAAGGUGGAUGAGGUAGUGGAGGUGGAUGGAGAGGUGGCCAGCAUCCUCAGCCACUCCAGGUUUGCUGAGGAGUUCACUUUCCAACCGCCUGGGGUACCUGCUGGAUGUGGUGUAAAGAAACCCAAGGUGGGCACGGUGAAUCCCUUUGAACUGGUGCUGCAGCUGGGGAGUGCAACUGUCUCUUCUGCCACAGGGGGGUGCUGUGGCGCAGAGUCAUCCUGUUGCAAGUGAUACGAGAGAGACACAGAGAAUGAUUAUACUCUGUAUGAAUGAACAAUAAUUGUAAUUCAUGUCAAACUAUGGAUCUUUGUCAAGCCUUAAGUUAGGCUCAUGUAUUAAUUGUAUAACUGUGUGGAUAUAUUGUCAUAAUACACACAUUUCCAGCAAUGAA